UCUUACUACCUUCUAUCUACUUCUUUAGAGCCAAUAGUUCAUCUUUGAGUUUCUGUAUUUCCUUCUCAACGCCUUCACGCAUCAUUCUCUCUUCCUUAAGAGUAGUCUCGAGGUCCUUUAUCCUCCUCUUGGUAGUCAUGGAGGAAUAUUUGGAGCUUGACUGGUUCGAAGUUGAUUUGAAGGAAGAACUUUUACCACUAAUCGACCCAUUACUCUUCCCAGUAAUGUAUGUCUUUGGAGUUUCAACUGAUCAUUUAGAGGAGAGUUCCAGGUCAUCUCCAUACUCUCUAGCGAAGGCUCUGUCAAUAGCUGACUUAGAAGCACUGGAGUAUUGGUCAAAGUCUUUAGCCCUAGCAUCUUUUCCUUCUUCAUGAUAAGGCUUAGGACCUCUGUGGGGCAUUUUAGUAGCGGCUCCAUGCUGCUCCUUGAGGUCUUUGAGUGCUCGUCUCUCCUCUUUCAUGAUUCUGUAGUACUGUAUGGCGUCGUUCAUAGAAAAUUCUUUUAU